AUGGAUCAGACCACAUUCAAUCAAUAUGCCUAUAUCGAUAAAAGUUAUAUAAAAAAUGGAACAUAUAACUCAAUUAUACUAACAUUAAUUGAUUCUGAAGUUCUUACACCCAAGGAACCAUUUCCUCAACUAGCGAUUGAAAUAGCUAACCAAUCUAAUUCUCUAUUACUCGCUUUGGAAAUACGAUAUUUUGAUAAUUCCGUAAUUGGCAAUGAUACUGCAGGAUCAACUCUAUGUGAUCUUACAAUAGAACAGAUCCAUGCAGAUAUUGCUCAAUUCAUUUUUGCUUUUGAAGGCAAUUUCAACUUUCUAAAAUCCAGAAUUUUGCUUGUUGGCGCAGAUUUUGCUGCUAGUAUUCUUUCAUGGUUUCGAUACAAGUAUCCACAGUAUUCCAUUGGUAUAUGGGGUUCAUACGCUCAAACAGACAUUAUUUUCCAAAAUACUUUUAUUGAUCAGAAUAUCAAAGCUAGGCUUACUGCUAUAUCUGAACAUUGCUAUGACAUAUUCCAUGAAAUGUUUAAUACCAUUCACAUAUUCGUUAAUACUUCCCAAAUUACAAAACUAAAUCAACUUCUUCAACUAUUCGAUUUUGGCCAUGGAACGAAAGGAGAAGACGCUUUAUACAUGUGGAACUAUUUCUUUACGAUGAUUGAUUAUUUUCCAGGAGAAAAAGGCAAAGAUAACCUAGAACGAGUUUGUGAGCGGAUUAAAGAUUAUGCAAUUGAAGAUUUCGAUAAAACAGUAGCAGAAUUUGCGAGGAUUUACAAAGAAACUGCAGAAAAAGCAAAUGUCAGAAUAUCUCACUUAAAUCCUUUUAAUUUGCUUAACAAUUCGAUAUCAUCUUCAAUGAGAAAUGACAGACUUAAAUACUACUUGAAAUGCUCUCAAUUAGGAAACUUUCACGUGUCAAAUGGUUUCAUUUCGCCAAUGAUUAGCACAGAUUACUACUGGAUUACUUGUUUCUCAUUAUUCGGUAUAAACUCAUUCAGAUCAAUACACGCCGCACGCAAAAAAUACAGAAAUCCAUAUCCAGGAACAGUUUCAGUUUUCACAAGUAACAAAUACAACAUUCACCACAACCUAAUGCCAUCAGAUAAUAUAAAUAACAACGUGCAAGUGAUAGAAUUACCUGGAAUUGGACGAUUCUUCGAUACAGAUGAGGAUUCACCAAAAGAUUACAAAGAAGAAAGAGAAAACAUGAAAAUAACAUUGACCAAGUGGCUUACUAAUGAUUGUGCCACAAAUUGUGAUCAAGGAACCUGCAUUUUAGAAAAAUGUCGUUGCAACAAUUUAUAUGAGGGAGAAUACUGUCAAACUAAUUCAUACGACCAAAAUGUUGUGAGGAAUAUCUCAAUGUAUACAACACUUGCAAUUACUUUCGUUCUGAUCUUCCUUUGCUCACUCGGAUGGUACAUUUUGCUCAAAGUACCGAUUUCUACUUACCUUACAACAGGAAAUUAUACUUGA